AUGGUCUCUUUCCGUCCCCCCAAGACCACGCAGAGCGCUGUCCCUAUCAAGCCGCCGAAAGGACACUUCUUCUUCGCUGGCCGUGCCUACCCAAGGGUGGCAUGGUGGAAGCGAGCCAACCUGCGCAGACUCUACAUCUACAUCGUUGUUCUCAUUCUGACGAACACUGCCAAUGGCUUCGAUGGAUCCAUGAUGAAUGGUCUUCAGUCCUUGACCUACUGGCAAGACUACUUCGGGGAGCCUCGUGGGGCUAUGCUCGGCUUUUUCAACUCAUCCAUGUCCCUCGGCUCGCUCAUCGGUCUCUUCUUUACUCCCUAUCUCAUUGAUUGGAAGGGCAGAAAAAUCGGUGUGGCGAUUGGCUGCGUUAUCAUGUUGGUAGCCGUUGCAAUCCAGACUGGAGCGCAGAACAUCGGCAUGUUCAUUGCUGCCAGACUCAUCUUGGGUUUUGGAGACACUAUCGUUCUUGGGUCCGCGCCGUUGUUGAUCGCAGAGAUUGCUCAUCCACAAGAUCGUGCUAUCUUGGUCACACUUUCGGGUGCGAGCUACCACUCUGGCGCCUUCAUCGCAUCUUGGAGCGACUGGUCAUGGCGUCUUCCGUCUCUUCUGCAGUCGAUCUGCUCCCUUAUCAUCCUCGGCUUCAUCUUCUUCAUGCCUGAGUCUCCACGUUGGCUGUGCAACAAAGACCGCCAUGAAGAAGCCUUGGCCAUGUUCGCCCGCUGGCACGGCGAAGGAGACGAGAACGACGAGUUUGUUCAGCUUGAAUACGCCGAAGUGCGCGCUGCCAUUGCUGUCGACAAAGAGCAAGACCGAACCAACUGGUCUGACUUCCUGAAGACCAAAGGCAACCGCAAGAGGAUUAUCAUCAUCACUGCUAUUGGUUUCUUCAGCCAAUGGAGCGGCAAUGGUCUUAUCUCGUAUUACCUGAAGUACGUGAUGGACAACGUCGGCCUCACGGAUCCCCAAACACAACUUGGAAUCAACGGUGGUAUGAAGACUUUGGCGCUGUGUGAAAACUUCCUCUUCGCCUUCUUGGUUGACAAGCUUGGUCGACGUCCAAUCUACCUUAUCUCCACGAUCGGAACGUUCGUCAUGUUCAACAUCUUCACUAUCAUUUCUGCCCGAUACGACAUUGAGCCUCGGGCCCCUCUCGGCAAAGGGUUUAUUGUCAGUAUUUUCUUCUAUGGUAUCUUCUACGACAUCAAAUCCGGUAUCAUGGCUGGAUACACUACCGAAAUCCUGCCAUAUGGUCUUCGCGCUAAGGGAUUCACAUGGCUCAACUUCUGCGUUACAGCAGCUCUCUUCUUCAACCAAUUUGUCAACGGCAUUGCGCUCGACGCACUUGCGUGGAAGUACUACAUCUGCUACUGUGUCUUCCUGGCUUUUGAGAUUGGCGUCAUCUACUUCUGUAUUGUGGAAACCAGGUACACGCCCAUGGAGGAAAUCGCCAAGUUCUUCGAUGGCGACGAUGCUGUCGAUGUUGGCGAGGCUGCGUUGAUGGACGUUAAAGAGCAGGGUAUUGCACGUGGAGAGAAGGAAGGGUCGGUGUCGCACAUUGAGGAGGUUACAAAGUAA